GAAAUGAAGAACCAAUCAGUGGAGAUAAAGUUUAUUUUGGUUGGACUGACAGAUGACCCUCGACUACAAAUUGUGGUUUUCCUGUUUCUGUUUUUCAAUUACAUCUUGAGCCUGACAGGGAACUCAGUCAUCAUCCUGCUCACACUGCUAGAUCCCUGCCUCAAGACUCCAAUGUAUUUCUUCCUUGGAAAUUUCUCCUUCUUAGAAAUUUCAUUCACAAUAGUGAGCAUCCUACAGUUCUUGAUGAGCAUUCUCACCGGAGACAAAAUAAUUUCCUAUAAUGGUUGUGUGACUCAAAUAUUCUUUACUUUUCUAUUAGGAGUUACUGAGUUUUAUCUCUUGGCUGCUAUGUCUUAUGAUCGCUAUGUCGCUAUAUGCAAACCUGUGCAUUAUCCAAUCAUUAUGAACAGUAAAGUGUGCUACCAACUUUUGCUCAGCUCCUGGGCAACUGGAUUUUUAACAAUUUUGCCCCCUUUACUCUUGGCACUCAAGCUGGAUUUCUGUGCAUCCAAAACAAUUGAUCAUUUCUUAUGUGACACUUCUGUCUUACAGAUCUCUUGCACAGAUACACGUUUCAUAGAAUUGUUGGCUUUUGUCUUAGCUUUGAUGACACUUGUCAUCAAGUUGUUUCUAGUGGUCCUCUCCUACACUUUCAUCAUCAAAACCAUUCUAAAAUUUCCAUCUGUUCAGCAAAGAACAAAGGCCUUUUCCACCUGUUCCUCACACAUGGUUGUCAUCUCCAUUACUUAUGGGAGUUGUGUCUUUAUGUACAUGAAACCAUCUGCAAAGGAAAGGGUGAUAUUUGCUAAAGCUGUAGCUUUGCUGUAUAUCUCUGUGGCCCCUUUACUAAACCCUUUCAUUUAUACUCUAAGAAACCAGCAGGUAAAAGAAGCUUUCAAGCAUAUGCUUCAAAUAUUUUGUUCUUUUCAAAAUCAAGAGGUAAAUUUUAGACAUAUAUAA